AUUACACACGCGCUCCUCCCCGCACCCUGACGUUCGCUGGCAGCACGGCAGACUGUGCAAGAUGGCGAGCCGAUCCGUGUCCGUGGCUUUGAGUAGGGCGAACAGGAUUCAGGCCUGCGGGCUGAGUCCUCUGCUGAUCAGGGGGAUCGCCUCCUCCGCUCAAAAGGCUAAAGAAGACAGCUGGCUACGAUCCCUCUUUGUCCGUAAGGUGGAUCCGAGGAAAGAUGCCCACUCAAAUCUGUUGGCCAAGAGAGAAACCAGCAACCUGUACAAAAUACAGUUCCACAAUGUGAAGCCAGAGUGCCUUGAGGCCUAUAACAAGUUAUGUGAGGAGGUGUUGCCAAAGGUUCAUGAAGAUGAAAACUACCCAUGUACUUUGGUGGGGACAUGGAAUACAUGGUAUGGAGAGCAGGAUCAAGCUGUCCACCUGUGGAGGUAUGAGGGGGGAUACCCAGCUCUAACAGAGGUCAUGAGCAAGCUUAGAAAAAACCAAGAGUUUACAGAGUUUCGGAAAGCUCGGGGUAACAUGUUGCUGUCUCGUAAAAACCAACUCUUGCUGGAGUUUAGUUUUUGGAAUGAACCUGUCCCACGGAAAGGGCCCAAUAUUUAUGAGCUGAGAUCCUACCAGCUAAGGCCUGGAACCAUGAUUGAAUGGGGAAACCACUGGGCUCGUGCCAUACGAUAUCGUCAGGACAGCGGUGAGGCCGUGGCUGGCUUUUUUUCUCAGAUUGGCCAGCUCUACAUGGUUCAUCAUCUGUGGGCCUACAAUGACUUACAAAGCAGAGAUGAUAUCAGGAACGCUGCCUGGCAGAAAGACGGCUGGGAUGAAUGUGUCUACUAUACAGUUCCCCUCAUACAGGAGAUGGAGUCUAGAAUAAUGAUCCCCCUGAAGAGCUCUCCGCUACAGUAAUGAUCUUCUCGUGUGUCAGUCGAAAACGUUGGCAAACCUUUUGUGUGGAUUACUUCAGAAAUGAAGGAACCGUCUCCGGCGGAUUUGUAUUUCAGUAACUCAGUAAUUCUGCUUUUAUUUCUAAUUAUGGCCCUGACCUGUUUCUAGAUCAGUUCUCAUAUACAUGCGUUUAAAGAAAAAGAAA